AUGCGCUAUUACGAUGGAAGAUUUGAAAACAACGUCACACUUAUCGUGACGCUCUUCAAUCAGCUGCAACGGUAUGCUGCGGUGCGAAAAGCAGCCACGGCUUCAACAGCACAUUCAGAGACGUUGCGAAAGCCGGGCCAAUUAGCAAGUGGUGUCAAUUUUAAGAAGUCUCUGCUGGCGGCCAAGAACCAUCCUGAUUCGCCUGCAGCCAAACGACUGAACGCAAGCUUACUGCGGAUAUUGUCCGUCAUUGGGGGAACUAUUCCAUUUUCACCUUUCGAGCGUGCUGAAACACGUCCCAAACUGGCUGCUAUGAGUUUUCGUUUUGGACUUCCGCAGUUUGGGUAA